CGGGCCCGCCUUGUGGCGGCGCCCCCUGACGGCGGGGCUGGGCGGGGCCCGCGUGGCUGAGGCGGGGGGGCUCGCGGGGUGCCCGCCAUGAGCCGGCCGGAGGGGGAAGGCGGCGGCCUGCGAGUGAAGUUCGUGCCCGACGAGGAGGUCCUGAAGCACAUUGCUGACGACCCAGGUAUUAAAGUUCGGAAGGACAAGACUCAGCUGACACUCAGUGUUAAAACGUUUGUGAAGAAACUUGAGGAUAUUUCAGACGAUGAAGCUCAGGAGGUCCUGGAAGAGAAGAAAUAUGUUGCUGCUCUUGGAAUAGGUACCCAAGAUUCAAUGCAAAAUGGUUCAAGUGUAAGCGGUGGUGAAGUUUACUCAUUCCAGACUCCCAAACGCGCCAGCAAAAUGGCAGAGCUGGCCUCUGAAUUAGCCCAGACACCAGGACAGAGUGUUGCACCUGAGCACGCCGAGUGCCCUGAGAAGACAGCCAAAACCCCUCAAAGCAGCAAACAUUCAAGUUCAAACAAAGUGCAGCAGAAGAAUGAAAAGAAAGAGUUUGUGUCUACUACACCUUACAGACUCAGAAAGAGGCUAGCAGCUCCAGAUCUGUAUUUAGAAAGUGAGAGUGAAUAUUCUGCUUCCUGCUCAGAGGAGGAAGAGGAUGCGGAAGACCAGAAAGAAGUCAGCACUGUUUUAUCAGGUCGAAAGACCCCAGCAAAAACUAAGGCUGCAUCUACGCCUCCUCCCAGAAACACCCUAGCCAAAAAAAUUAAAGAGAACAAGAUGAGCAACCUGGUGGAGGAAUACUUUGAAGCUCACAGUAGUUCCAAAGUGCUCACUUCGGACCGAACGCUGCAGAAGUUGCGGAAAAGAAAAUUGGAUCAGCAAACACUGCAUGACCUUUUGAAAAAAGCUCCCCUUGCCUAUGCUGCUGAAAUUAAAGAGCUAAACGAGCAACACGAAUCUCUGUUUUCCAAGUGGAUGCUGCAAUUACACUUGGGUUUCAAUAUCGUGCUUUAUGGACUGGGCUCAAAGCGUAAUUUGUUAGAGAAGUUUCGUACCUCUGUGCUCCAGGAUUCUGUUCACCUUGUGGUUAAUGGAUACUUCCCCAGCAUCACUGUGAGAUCUAUUCUCAGCUCCAUCACAGAGGAGGUACUGGACCAUAUAGGGACCUUCCGCAGCCCCCUUGACCAACUUGAAUUCAUCAUUAAAAGGUUUAAAGAAGAUUCAUCUUUAGAGCUCUAUGUCCUCAUUCAUAACCUGGACAGCCAGAUGUUGAGAGGAGAAAGAAGUCAGCAGAUCCUUGCACAGUUAUCCUCUCUGCCUAGCAUUUACCUCAUUGCCUCUAUCGAUCACAUCAAUGCUCCUCUGAUGUGGGAUCAGGCAAAGCUAAGCCUCUACAACUGGCUUUGGUAUGAAACAACCACGUUUAGUCCUUAUGUGGAAGAAACAUCUUAUGAGAACUCGCUUUUAGUACAGCAAUCUGGAUCUUUGGCUUUGAGCUCCAUAACGCAUGUCCUGCGCAGUCUCACUCUCAAUGCCAGGGGUAUAUUCAGACUGCUUGCUCAGUACCAGCUGGAGAACAAGGACAACCCAUCUUAUCCAGGGCUUUCUUUCCAAGACUUCUACCAGCAGUGUCGGGAGGCUUUCCUUGUGAACAGUGACCUGACACUCAGGGCACAACUGACAGAAUUCAGGGACCACAAGCUCAUCCGGACCAAGCGGGGAGCUGAUGGUGUGGAGUACUUACUGAUUCCUGUAGAUGACAGUACCUUGACCGACUUCUUAGAGAAAGAGGAUGAAGAUGUAUAAUGCCUCUCUCUUUUCAAAGCAUUUGCAGCAAUUGCUCUCAAGGGCUUCUGAAGAGGGGUCUAUACUCAGCUUGCUCUCCCUCUAACCACAAGGCUGCUGGACUACUUUCCGAAAUGUAGUAUUUGCAAUGAAUGGUGACCAUUGUUCAACUACUUCAGGUAGUUUGGAAUGAUGACUUCUGUAAGCAAGGCAUCUAUUGCGCUGUAGUUAGAUUUGUCUGCUUUGUCUCUUAGCUGAGAUGAUGCCUUUGUCAUAUCUAUGCAGCUAACCUUACAGCCAGAGAAACAAACUUGGUAAGAUUGUGCCUUCUGCUCUCUACCUCACCAGACAUGAGGGUUUGAUUGGAGCAGUUUACUGCAAAUCACUAGAUGGUCAGAGCUUUAGUUUGUACUAGCGGUGCAGCUUUUCUCAACAGAGUUCUUUCCAGCACGCCUUUACCAGUUAGACGAGACUAGUUUCCGGUGCAUGAAGAAGCCAAGAUUUAUAAUGCUAAGAGACCUGCCUUGACUGCAUGGGGAAAGGAGAAUACUAGUGGGUUUGGGACAUUGUGGGUAACUUAUUGAAUUCUGGCAAUACAACUGAAGGACUUGCUCCAAACCCAAAUCCUUUUAUAAGAAGAUGCAGAUAAUCAAAAUUGUGAUGGACUCAAGUCAUUGCCUGUUGGUAAGAGUGAGAAGAUCCAGCUUCUUUCAUCUACUUUCCAAAUUGCAACCCAGGAAUACGAAGAGGCUGCUUAUUUUUUAAAAGCUUGAUUGUAUAUAUGUAUUUUUUACAUCAGGAGUGUCCACUGAUCCUGGAGGAGGCCUUAAAUGCCACUUAUAAGCUCUCCCUUUUUUUGAGCCCUUAGAGGUUGGGAGGCAGCUGAAGUUUGACAGCUUUUCUUCACUUUUUUCUCAGGUAUGUGGGAGUAAGCCCUAUAGUUCCAUCAACUGUAGUCUGCCAGCCAGACUUUGGGCACUCUGUAUGUCUAAUAUUUGGUAGCUGUGUUACAGCUCAAUGUUGUAAUAGUUCAAAUUGGUCAAAUAAAGUACUUUAUUAAUUUUCA